AACAAAAGAAAUAAGGAGACUAGUAUUAAAUAUACUAAAUUUUACAUUUACAAUUGAGGUAAUAAAAACUGACAAAAAUAUGAUUGCAGACUAUUUAUAAAGAAAGAGUUACACAGCCAGGACAAGAUAAUGUUAUGGAAAACAUACUCAAAACCCUAACUACACUUUGUACAAAAGUGGACAGUAUGGGCUUGAGAAUUCAAAAGCUAGAACAAAAGGAAGAAUCUACAACUCAGCAGCAUGACUAUAAAAAUGCGGAGCUACGUCGUUCGGCAGAUGAAAAACAACCAGAGCUAAAAGGAGACGUUGGGAAACUCCUUAAAACCCAUGACAUUACUGAUGCUGCAGGUACAAGCAAAAAAGCUAUGGAGAAACCUACACCAAAAAACAUAAACCUAAAUAGCAUAUUUACCAAACCAUUUACUCCAAAGAUACAGACAGUAGAUGCUUCAACACCACAAACAUCUACCUAUGCAACUAGCCUGCAUAAAGAGAAGAAAACAUACAACCAUAUAUCCCGAACAUAUAUUGAAAACCUAUACAAAAUACAAAAUUUUUUAAAUCAAAAACCCAAAUCUACCACAACAUUAGAAAAAAUCCAAGACUACCUAACCCAAAAACUACAAGGCUCUAACAAGUUAAUUGCACAAUCAAAAACUAAUCCAAACCUAGUUAAAACUUGUUAUAACUAUGGAUUAUUAAAUACAGUCUAUACAUAUACAGGUGAAGAGAUAAGAGGAAUCCCAGAGGUCCAUAAAGCAUUUUUAAUAUAUAAAAAGAUAACAAAAGGAAACUUAUUUUUCAUAAGAUUCUACAAAGCACCAGCAGAGAUACUCUAUGAUGAAAUAAAGCCAAUGAUCCAGAUAGUCAAAAUUGGGCUAACACGAGAAAUGAUAAUCCCAGAAGAUAUAGGCCAACAGCCAGAGAUAAUAAGAGUUGAGAUACCCAGUUUCUAUGCCAAUAAAAGGAUAAUUGGAUUAUCAACUAUUAUACAAGAGCUAGCAAAUAACUAUCUACAAGGCAACGCCAUAUGGAGCUACUAUUCGAGAGACCACUUAGUGAUAUAUGCCAAUUCGAAAGAAAUAAGACAAGCAGAUAUGGAAGAAGUCCAAAAAAGGAUUUUGACCCUGUUAAAACUAGAAGCUACGCCAACAACUAGAGCAAUAAAGCAAGGAUUCAUAUCCGAAGAACUAAUGACGAGAUAUUGCAAGCUAGUCGGACACAAUUACCCAGACCAUAUAUGUUCCAAGUGCAACCAAGGUGAUGACAUAAUUCCAGAAGUACAACUGGAGUAAGCUGAGAAAGAAAAUAGGGAAAAGAUAGACAUAAAAUAUAUGUAAAUUAGUCAUAAUUAUUGUCGGCCACAUGUAAAAAGUAAAGGCCAUUAAAUGAAGAAGAAAAAAGUAUGUCGGCCAUUUGGCCAAAGUCUAUUUUGUUUUUUGUAAAAAAGUUGUAAAGUAAAUAGUGUCAGUAUCCUAUUCAUGAAUAGUACCAUGAAUAGUAAGAGUCAAGUUACUGUGUAAAUAGUAAGAGUCAAGUAACUGUGUAAAUAGUAAAGGUCAAUCGUCCUUUAACAAGGAUGAAAGGUCAUUAUGUAUGUCUAUAUAAGGGGCAUUUGCCUUCAUAAAUAAAAUAUCCUUCUUCCAACAAUCUACUCUCUACUCUAAAAUAACAAAACCGCUUCCACCCCUCCAUUGAGCUCCGCAUUUUUAUAGUCAUGCUGCUGACUUGUAGAUUCUUCCUUUUCUUCUAGCUUUUGAAUUCUCAAGCCCAUACUGUCCACUUUUGUACAAAGUGUACUUAGGGUUUUGAGUAUGUUUUCCAUAACAUUAUCUUGUCCUGGCUGUGUAACUCUGUCUUGAUAAAUAGUCUGCAAUCAUAUUUUUGUCAGUUUUUAUUACCUCAAUUGUAAAUGUAAAAUUUAGUAUGUUUAAUACUAGUCUCCUUAUUUCUUUUGUUGUAA